UUUCUGCAUGCUAAUUGCCCUUCUUGUCAGAAAACAGCAUGGCUGGGAAUAUUUUACAUGUGCAUCCCAACUGGGAUUGCUGUUGGCUAUGUAUAUGGCGGAUUGGUUGGAAGUCAUCUUGAUUGGCGCUGGGCAUUCCGGAUAGAGGCAUUGCUGAUGCUUCCUUUUGCAAUUUUAGGUUUUGUGAUGAAACCAUUGCAAUUGAAAGGGUUCUCGCACACCGGUUCACAAAAUCCAGUGACUUCUGCGCAAACUUCUUGCCCAGAAGCAGUUGCUUCAACUAGUAUUGAUGGUUCGUACCCAAUAAGAAAUGAUUCCAAGGAUGAUUCAAAAAGUGCACCCAGAAUUUUGAAUCAGUUGACAAGAUUUUGGAAGGAUAUGAAGGCGCUUUUGCUUGACAAGGUCUACGUUGUGAAUGUCCUAGGAUACAUAGCAUAUAAUUUUGUAAUAGGUGCUUAUUCAUACUGGGGACCAAAGGCUGGCUAUUACAUAUACCAUAUGAACAAUGCAGAUCUGAUGUUUGGAGGUAUUACUAUCGUAUGUGGAAUAUUUGGAACCUUAGCAGGAGGCUUUGUUCUGGAUCGAAUGACUUCCACAAUAUCCAAUGCCUUUAAGCUUCUUUCAGUGGCAACAUUUUUUGGAGCGAUAUUUUGCUUUGCUGCCUUUUGUUUUAAGAGCUUGUAUGCCUUCAUUGCUCUUUUUGCAAUUGGAGAACUGCUUGUAUUUGCGACGCAGGGCCCUGUAAAUUAUGUCUGUCUGCAUUGUGUCAAACCAAGUUUGAGACCAUUGUCUAUGGCUAUGUCCACUGUUUCGAUUCACAUAUUUGGUGAUGUGCCUUCCUCUCCUCUGGUGGGGGUUCUCCAGGAUCACAUUAACAAUUGGAGGGCUACUGCUCUAAUCCUGACAUCAGUACUGUUUCUAGCCGCUGGAAUAUGGUUUAUAGGUAUCUUUCUUCAUAGUGUUGAUAGAUAUAAUGAAGAAAAUGAGCAUCAAGUUAGUAUUGCUGAUAGAUCAAACACAAUUCCACUUCUUGAGGAGAAAUCUGCUGAAACAAGUCCAAGUCUCUGCUGAUUCCCAGUUUACACUUAAACAAAUGAAAUGUGAAUUUCUUGUAUUAUUAUCUUGUUUGCAAAUUCUGGUCCACUUGCCAACGGAAAAAUUACUUAUAUGUGUUGAUGGGAAUCAUAGGAAGCUUCUUCAUCUUCCAGGUGCGCUAAACUCACUAACAAUUAUUAGAGGUACAACUGGUGGUCAAGAGUUACAAUUUCGAACAGUACAAUAUAUUAAAAAUUGACUCCUGUCGUAUUGAGCCUUUUCUA